CUUUUACAGGUCUUCACACCUGAACAGGUUAGCGUUUUUGAGUACGAAGACGAUAUGAAAUACUAUCACAAACUAGGCUAUGGAUACGAGGAAAAUUCUCAUCUUAAUUGUCGAGCAGUUCAAGACAUGUUAAUUCAUCUUGAUAGCCCAAGCGCACCCAACGUAGUGGCUUAUUUUGGACACACGAGUGGUGUACAGACCUUGCUCACUGCUUUGGGCAUAGCCAAGGAUGCUAUUCCACUUACUGCCGCCAACUAUAAUAGCAGCGACUAUCGUUGGAAAACUAGCAAUUUAGACCCUUUUGCAUCCAAUUUCGUUGCCGUAAAAUAUGCUUGUGAAACUGGUAUCGCCGACAAAGUUAUAUUCUUCCUCAAUCAAAACGCGGUUGAUCUCGAUUGGUGCGACGUCGGUUUAUGCAAUUGGUCAGAAGUUUUAAAACGAUAUAAUACACUUUUUACAGCUGAAUGCAGUACAUAUUAUUGCGCAGAUUCCGGCGCGGACUCCUUAGUUAAAUCUCUGGGUGAAUUAUUAUUAUUUAUUUCAUCAAUUGUAUAUUUGUUGUUUCAAUAAUUACUAAUUAAUUAAAAAGUCGUUUUAAAAAUCAAAAA